AUGGCUGAGCAACCUCCAGAUCAUUCCAUGUGCGCGAAAUGUCGCAAGAUAGACUUUCGUAAGGCAUUCUUUGUCAAGCGUUCUUCGUGGGAGGACAUCUUUUCAGAGAUUCAAGUCCACAGCAUUCUCUGUAACAUUGCUCACAUUCUCAACACCCAUAAUAAAUGCCGCUGCUGCUGUUUGAUACUCCACGGAACUAGGCGAUUCCAUCCAUCUUUGGAGGCACAGAAAAGUACCAAAUUGGCUUGGGACCCCUACUGUAAUAUGCAGGCGAAGGUUGAAGUUCAGGAAGGUGAGGUGGAGUUUAGAAGUGUAGUGUACAUCUAUCCAGGAUACAACUUCGACAAAGUAUUGGCUAUCAACUUACUGUCACGACAAGACGAGAAUGAAGCCUCAAAGGCGCUGAGAACACGGCGUGUCAAGCAGCAUCAGGCUGAGCUAACACAUAACAACAACUGGGUCAGUACGUGCAAUAGCAGGCACAAAGACUGUCACCAUUUAUGGCCGCGUUCAUCCUUUGAAGAACUUCGGUUCCGAGUUAUUGAUGUCCAAGACCGCUGCAUUGUUCCUGUAUCCAAGAAUUGCGAGUACGUAGCUCUGAGCUAUAUGUGGGGCACGACUCCCAUGCUGCUGACAUUGAAAUCUAACAUUGAGAUGUCCUCACUUCCGCAAGGUCUGGAUAAAGGGCCAUCACCCUUGCCUCGAACAAUCUCAGAUGCUAUGGAGCUCGUGGGAGACAUCGGACAGAGAUACCUCUGGGUUGAUGCUCUCUGCAUCAUACAGAAUGAUAAAAAGGACCAAGAGCAUCAGAUCCGCAAUAUGGACCUCGUAUAUGGUUUCGCAUCGUUCACAAUCAUUGCCGCCGAUGGCGAUGGCGCAGAUGCUGGCCUUGUAGGUGUGAAGGAUGUCUCGCGGAACAUUGUGCAGGACAUAGAGGAAGUGGAACCAGAUCUUCAUCUCGCGGUCUCAUUGAGCGGCUUUGGCACACUCCAACGCGCAAGAUCGAAGUGGAACACGCGUGCCUGGACCUUUCAAGCAGCGUUACUAUCCCGCCGGAUGGUCAUUUUCUUCGGUGGCGAGAUGACAUGGGAGUGCCGGGAAGCAGUCUGGACUGAAGAUUUACACAUCUCUUCCGGAACGAUCGGCAGCUUCAUUGCACCGCACUACUCCAACCACAUGACACCCCUGCUCGAGAGGCGCUUGGCGGCUUCGAAGGCGAAUCCUUCUGCAUACGCCAGCUCGUUUGCAGCAAUGAACCAUGACAAUCUAACCAUGCAUGAGAAUGCGGUACGUGAAUAUACGGCUCGUCAGAUGACGUACCUGUCGGACAUGCUGAACGCAUUUGCGGGCCUGGCCAAGAUAUUCGAGACUCCAUUGGCGACCGGUUUUUCGCAGGGCUUACCGAAAAACCGCCUCGAUACGGCCUUACUCUGGACGCCUGAGCAGGCACUUACGCGUCGCCCUGGGUUCGCAAGUUGGUCGUGGGCCGGAUGGGUUGGAAAAUCACGAUACUUUAGCAUGAACUAUAACAUCAUCAAACCUAUGGUCUGCUUUGAUAACGAGCCGCAGAAUUGGGAAGAACAAAACUAUGAGCCCCCAGCUCGACCCUGGAGAGUGGUGAAGCCUCGCUCUCCCACACAGAGACCCAUAUUACCCCAGCCUACUCCAAACCACCGCCUCUGCUUCUCCGCGUACACCGCGUCCUCCGGCUACUUUCAGUUUGAAAACCUCGAACCGCCGUUGCCCGUUCCCCUCUUCGUGGCGCUCUUAGACCAGGAUGUGUUUGAGAUCGGACGUAUGGGUCUCGAUCGCGGAGCCUAUCCAGCUAGUGGUGUUUACUCGCUGAUAGUGCUGUCGGAGUGCUCCGAGCCCGUGCAGCAAGAAGGGCUGAUUGGACGGGAUGUUCCCACGGAGAACUUCCUCAAGGCAAAACCAAAGUGGACUGAGGUGGUUCUGGAGUGA